CAGGACGAGGAAGGGGCUGCUGCGCACUCCGUCCUUGCGGGCAGGGGCCAGGCCGAGCCAUGUCUGAAGCGCCGGGGGCCGGGCCGGGUCGGGGCUGAGGGAGUCUGCCGGUACGCUGCGCAUAACGCGGGGAACGGGAACUUGUCAAAGGAGUCCAGCUCGCCUCAAGCCUUCUUGAGCCGCCGCUGCCCCCUCCACGUCCCCUGCCCUGCCCCGCCGCCGAGCUGUGAGCGACGGAGUCCGGGAGAGGGCUCGGGGGCUCCGCGCUGCGCCCCGCUGCCGUGCCGGCCCCCCCUAUGGUGCGCCCCGAGGAUGGCGAAGAGACCGUGCAGUGAAGAAGAUGAGAACUUUCAAUAUAUGGAUCAUGACUAUGAAGUACCACAGCAAAAAGUGUUGAAGAAGAUCUGUAACAGGGUAAAAUGGACACGUGAUGAGGAUGAAAGGCUGAAGAGGCUGGUGGAACAACAUGGUACAGAUGAUUGGGCUUUCAUUGCUGGUCAUCUACAGAACCGGUCAGACUUUCAGUGCCAGCAUCGAUGGCAGAAGGUACUAAACCCAGAACUGAUUAAAGGUCCCUGGACUAAAGAAGAAGAUCAGAGGGUUAUUGAAUUAGUUCAGAAGUAUGGUCCAAAGCGCUGGUCUCUGAUUGCAAAGCACCUGAAAGGAAGAAUAGGCAAGCAGUGCAGAGAGAGAUGGCACAACCAUCUCAAUCCUGAGGUAAAGAAGUCUUCAUGGACAGAAGAAGAGGACAGAAUAAUCUAUGAAGCUCACAAGCGUCUGGGAAACCGAUGGGCUGAAAUAGCAAAGCUGCUCCCUGGAAGGACUGAUAACUCGAUUAAAAAUCACUGGAACUCAACGAUGCGGAGAAAGGUGGAGCAGGAAGGGUAUCUACAGGAUGCUAUCAAGUCUGAGAGGGCCACUUCAUCCGUGCUGGAGUCCCAGGCCUGCCUGAGUAUGGAAGACUUGCACACUCAGAAUCAAUAUUAUGUACCUGUUCAGACACAGAUUCCAGCAUACCAGUAUGCCUCACCAGAAGGCAGCAGUCUAGAGCAUGCUUCAGCUUCUUCCAACUUAGUUCAGCAGUCGUUUAUUGAUGAUGACCCUGAUAAAGAAAAGAAAAUAAAGGAACUUGAGUUGCUACUGAUGUCAGCAGAGAAUGAAAUCAGAAGGAAACGAGUGUCUUCUGAGCAGAGAACUGUGGACACCACUAGGCACCUAACCAGCCACACUGAUCACCAGUUUAGAUUACAGCAAGCUGCAAACUUGCCUUGUUGGUCUGGAAGCUUUGUGAUGGAAGAUUGUGUGUCUAACACACUGAAUAGCUUCGGGGAGCAAAACAGUGAAUUCUACAGCAUGGAGGAGACCCAUGGCACCUCUGUGCAGCAGAAUUCCCCUGCCAAGUAUCUGGCUGUGGAAGCAAACACGAUGCUGUCAUCUCUCCAGACCAUUCCAGACUUUGCAGAGACACUGGAGCUCAUCGAGUCUGAUCCAGUGGUGUGGAGUGAUGUCACAGGUUUUGAGCUUUCCGAGGCUGUUGCAUCUCCUGUCAAGCCAGCUCCAGUAAAGCUGAUGCGGAUCCAGCACAACGAGGGCGCUGCCGAGUGCCCCUACAGCGUCAGCGUGCUGCUGGACGGCAAGAAGCAUGGCGCCGAGGAGGAGGCCAGCUUCCCAUCCACCCCACACCUAGCCAAAUUCAGCACUCCUCCAACGAUCCUCAGAAAGAAGAAGAGGCUGCGUGCGGGGCAGUCAGCAGGCAGCGAACUGAACGAGGGCGUGGGUGGCGAUGCCAUCAGCCUCGCACUGAAGCACACCCCAGUGAAAACACUACCAUUUUCUCCAUCCCAGUUUUUCAACACUUGCUCUGGAAAUGACCAAUUCAACCUUGAAAAUCCUGCAUUUACAUCAACUCCAAUCUGUGGGCAGAAAGUUCUUCUUACAACUCCUCUGCACAAGGAAGUGGCACCAAAAGAUCAGAAGGAGAAUGUGGGUUUCAGAACUCCCACCAUCAGAAGAUCUCUCUUGGGUUCAACACCAAGAACACCAACUCCUUUCAAGAAUGCUUUGGCUGCUCAGGAAAAGAAGUAUGGUCCCCUCAAACUGAUGUCACAACCACUUUCCUUCUUGGAGGAAGACAUUAGGGAAGUUUUGAAAGAGGAAACUGGAACAGAUAUAUUUCUGAAGGAGGAAGAUGACCCUGUCUAUAAAAGCUGCAAGCAGGAGCACAACUCUUCUAAAAAAGUCAGAAAAUCAUUGGUCCUGGAUCCCUGGGAAAAAGAUGUUGGUGCCCAGCUCUUCACAGAAGAGAAUAGUUUGGAUGUACAGUCAGAAAAUGCAUAUACCACAUCUUUGUUAGUGAAGCCAUUGUUGGAAAUACAUGACAACAGAUGCAACCUGACAUCAGAGACCCAGGAUGCAAAUGCAGCAAGCAAAGCAAAUGCAGUCAUUAAGAAGAAACUGAAUGCAUGUGCUUCAAAAUAUGUCAAAAUGGAGAAGGCUCUUCAGUCCAGCUGUGACUGGGAAGCAGUUGUUUAUGGCAAAACAGAAGACCAGCUGAUCAUGACUGAACAAGCAAGAAGAUACCUGAGCACAUACACAACCACCAACAGCACCUCAAGGGCUCUGAUACUGUGAUGGUCACCACAGCUGCCAACCAUCUCUUGCCAUUGAAAUAGACACGGUGUUGAAGGCGAUUCCAGCACAGUGCUGGGGAUGAAGUCUGCACAUGGAGACUGACAAGGGAAACCUUGAAACUACCUUAAAGCUGCCUUUCUUUUGACUGACAAAGAACAGACACCGAGCUCUUGUAUUCUCUACAAAAGGAUAGUACAAACAGUUCUGCAAUGGAUUUCUUCAAUGUUAAAAAGUAACACCCUAGAAGGCGACAGAGAAUGGUAGAAUGUGUUGCAGUAGUGAGAACACACAGGGUUUAGGUCUAUUUUUUGUAUUUGUUCUCUUGACUUGCAUUGCUUUUACUUCUGUUAGUGUAUUUUCAAUAUAGAGUAGGUUUCUAGGUUGUUACUGGUUCCCAGCUGAGCAACAUACACAACAGAAUGUGCUUCUGCUUAUGUAGCAUUUUCCUGGUCUGUAAAGAAACACAAUGGAAAGGGAGGGUAAAAGAAGGAUAUAGAAAGUUGCACUACUAAUUUUUUGGUAUGCUGCAAAACAAUGAAAUUAACUACAGUGUUAAAUAUAUUUAUUUGCAAAUGGUACUAGAAGUAGGCAGAGGGGGGUGCAUUAGGAUUUAGUGUAAAGCAUCAGUAUUGUAUUUGGAAAUCUCAGAGUGAGAUGAUUGUUGAAUGUAUUGUACAGUAUGUAGGAGCAGGGGAAAACUGUAAAUGGGAAAGGAGUCUGUUUUUAUAAUUUAUUUUCAUUUUAAAGCUUAAAUUGUAGAUAUUUAUAUGUAUGCAGGUUGUCUAGAAGCCAACGUUGUUUCCUGUUAAAACAGCUAGAACGAACAAAAGGACAAGUGGAGAGUGUGGAACAGCAGAGGACUUGCAGUGGUGAAGUGUACAACUCGAUACUGUAUGCCACAGCUACACAAAGAUUGCACUAGAACCCUCCAAUCAUGUUGGUCCCCAAAAUGAUGACAAGGUAUUAGACAGCAACCAUUCCUGUACCUUGUUCAACUAGAGUUAGAAAGGAAUGGUGGGGUCCUGUCUGUGACCCGGGAGUACUUGGUCCUGCGUAGGAACUAAAACUGAAUGCAUUGUAAAGAGAUGUUAUUUUUAUUUAAAAACACAAAAAAACACUUGGCACCUUGGAUGGAUCUCCAAACAAUGAUAUCUGCACUUAAGUCUGACCAUUAUAUACUUAACUAAAUGUUUGAAGAGCAAAGAGAGAACCUUCUAUUAUUUAUGACAAGUCUUUGUCCUUAUUUAAGAGUUUACAGGUCACAACAGUUGCUUUAGUUGCCUAUUUUAGGUAUUUGCACUUAUUUUAUGUCUUAUUUUUGUUCUUGAAGGACUGUUUUGGUUUGCUUUUGUCAUAGAGAUGUUUUUUUAUGUAGUUGUAAGGGUGUGCUAGCAACAGAUACUGACAGGUCACUAGGAUUGUACACUGUAGUUGUAGCUAUUUAUAAUUCAAACACUCUUCCUCUCCACUCCCGGGUGUGCUGCUGCCGAAGCGCGGCAGGGUCGGCUUGCUGCUAGGAGAGAUGGAAAGAGCGAGCAUCGUAUGCACUGUAUGUAACUUACACGUGGGUGUCAGGUUCUCUAGUUAACUUUAGGAGAUCAACCAGUACUAUGCAGGGUGUGGAAAGUAUUCCUGUCACUUGGAAUAUCAGAGGUGGCCGAGAGUAAUUUAUUAGUGGAGAAUUUUAGCACCAUGAGGAAGGUAACGACCCAGUAAAGGGCUUUCAGACAUCUCAAAGCUGUGGUUUUUAGGAGCUUUUUGAUAUGGAAUAUUGGCCUGGCCAUGAUAGUAAGAAUAAAUUAUUUUAGCAGGUUUUAAUUCUCAUCCAAAUGUAAAGGAGGGGGGGAAUCCUGUAUGAAGGAGUCAGAAAAGAGCCAUCGUGCCAGGGCUGUGCCUCGCCUCCGACGAUGGAGGCAUUUGGGAUUCUCGGCAGUCUUAGACUUAGGUACGGCUUGAACAGCAACAGUUAAGGCUGGAGACAGCACUGAAUUCACAAGUGCAGCAAGACCUUAAGAGGGAAUGACUGUCUAGAAUCUGGAGGAUUUAUUUCUGCAGAAGUGGUGUCACCCACACUGCUUAUGCCAAGGUUAAGUGUAGACUUCUGGUAAGUAGUAGUAAUUUGUGUUGGUAUUGGUUGGAUCGCUUAGUUAACUCUUUGUUGCUUUAGCAGGAAGGUUUGGAUCUUUCACAUGUCAGGCAUCUUUCAUUACUCUGUGAACGUUGUGUGCAUUGCCAUUUCUUUCAGUCUGUAAGUAGAUUUAUUUGUACAUGCAGCAGCCAGACUUGCAUGACACCUAAGUACAUAUUACUCCGUAUUUUUGUUUUAAGGUUUGACAUAAGGUGCAACAAAUGCCUUUGUUUAUCUUAGUUUUUGGUUGUACAACAACCUUUUCAUUUAUGUAAGAGACUCUCACAUACCAGACAGACCAUAUUAAUGUCAGAAAUAAAGCAUCUAUAUACCAA